CCUCUGACCUCCACAGUCUAUAACGGCACGACCCUCGCUCAUGUUCUCAUCUUCCCACUCCUUCCAUUUGUCCUCUUCCUCUCCCUCCCACGCCACCGUCAACGAGCUCCAGAGCCCCGCACCGCGCCGCCCGCCAGCAACCACCCCCUCCUCACCCAGAUGCCGCGGCUGCCGGGAUCGCAGCCUGCGCCGGAGCGGCGACUCGCCGUGCUCCUGUCCCACUUCCACCCGUGUUGCGAACCUCCACGCACCAUCGCCUGCGUCGCCAGCGUGGAGUGCCUCCGGACCGCAGCCGAGGAGGAGGCCGAGAUGCAGUUGAGCCUCUCCACGUCGCCCUGCGCAGGAGGUGAGAAGGGGGGAUCCUCGGGUGGCGGGCACUGCGUGUUCUGCAACAUCGUCGCGGGCACCGCGCAGGCCUUCAAGCUCUACGAGGAUGAUAUGUGCUUGUGCAUCCUGGAUGCUAAACCUCUAACAAGCGGGCAUUCCCUUAUCAUUCCAAAAAGUCAUUAUCCAUCAGUGCAAACAACACCACCAACUGUACUAGCAGCUAUCUGCUCUAAAUUGCCACUCCUGGGUACUGCAAUCAUGAAGGCUACUCAAUGUGAUGCAUUCAAUGUGCUAAUCAACAAUGGAGAGAAGGCAGGGCAAGUUAUUUUUCAUACUCAUGUGCACAUCAUUCCACGUAGCAAAGAUGAUAACCUGUGGUCUUCAGAGACCUACUCAAGGAGCCAUAUUUCACAUGGCCAGGAAACUACGCAUCUUGUUAGCAGCAUCAAGGAAAUAAUCUCUUCUUCCCCCGAAGACUACAGUACUGUAAUGUCAUCCACGCCAAAGGAACUCUGAAACAAAUUGAAAAGAAUGUAGACAACCGAUUAAAAGGGCAUCUUUUACUUUUCCUCUCGUUCAGCUUCAAGAGCAUUGCUGCGAGAUGAAUUGAUGUACAGCUUUGUCUCAGUCAUGCCUUGAAAUUUUGAUAGAUAUUGAUAAAGUACUGGUUUUAGAGAAGGCAAAUGCGGUAGAUCCUAAGGUCGUAGUUGGUACGUGACAGUGAUCAGGAACCAUCUUGUGAAGAAUUGUGAAGAUUUGGUUUCUGGCAGUUGGUUGGUUAAACUUCUCGAAUGAAGAGGGAGAAUGAGAACCAGGAAAGCUGAGCCUGGGGUGUAGGUGGUGGAGUCCAGUCCACACAAUGUUUUUGAUCUCAUCAGAACGUAGGAGACAUGGAUAUAUGAAUGAGUACAUAUGGUGGCAAUUUGAAUCAAAAGCCAUUUUCUUUCGGAAGCAUUGAUGAGCCAGUAGAGCA